AUGAUGCUAGCUGACAAUCGCACCUUUUUUGCCCCUGUGACCUACAUCCUGACUGGCAUCCCGGGUACGGAGGAGUCUCAUGUCUGGAUGGCCAUCCCCUUCUGUCUGAUGUAUGUUACAACGCUUUUUGGGAACUCUCUCCUACUAUUCAUCAUACUAACAGAACAAAGCCUCCAUGAGCCCAUGUAUCUAUUUGUCUCCAUGCUGGCCGUUGCUGAUCUGCUUUUAUCUACCACGACAGUGCCCAAGAUGCUGGCUGUAUUCUGGUUUAGAGCGGGGGAAAUUACUUUUGUUGGCUGCCUGACCCAGAUGUUUUUCAUCCAUGUCAGUUUUAUUGCCGAGUCGGCCAUCCUGCUGGCCAUGGCAUUUGACCGGUACGUUGCCAUCUGCAACCCCCUGAGAUACACCACCGUGCUAACCAAGUCGGUGAUCGGGAAGAUGGGGCUGGCGGUUAUCACAAGAAGUUUCUGUAUCAUUUUCCCUCUCAUCUUGCUCACAAAGCAGUUGAAUUUCUGCAGAAACAACCUCCUGCCUCACACCUAUUGUGAGCAUAUGAUCUUAGCCCGACUGGCCUGCGAUGACAUCAAAAUCCACGUCUGGUAUGGAGUAGCUGUGGCUAUUUUAGUAAUUGGUUUGGAUAUUAUGCUCAUUGCCGUAUCUUAUGGGUUGAUCCUCAGGGCUGUCUUCAGGCUCCCCUCCAAGGACGCUCGGCUCAAGGCUCUCCGCACCUGCGGCUCCCACCUCUGUGUCAUACUGAUGUUCUACGUGCCGGCCGUUUUCUCCUCUUUAGCACACCAAUUUGGGCACAUCAUCCCAGGUUAUAUUGUAAACCUACUGGCCAACCUUUAUGUGCUCAUUCCCCCCAUGUUAAACCCCAUCGUGUAUGGGGUGACAACAAAAGAAAUUCUGAAACGGGUGAUCAAUGUCUUUUAUCUAUGCUGGAGCAGAUGCUCCAUGCUGAGCUAA